UUUCUUUUUCUUUCUAAUAAUUCAGGUUUCUCUUAACACGUAAGGACACAAGGGUUGAAGACUUUUCUAGAUAGACCAAAAAAAACACUCAAGUCAUUUCUGUUCUUUCACCACUUGUAAUAAUCUUGCCGUUAAUUAGUCUUUUCUCACACAACACGACAUCACAGAGAGUUGGAUAACCGAGCAACCCCCCUAUAAAACCCCCCAAACCCUAAGAAACCAAACAGCUUCAACGAUGAUUUUUCUUGUUGAAUCCAGUAAUAAUUCUGGUGCCACAGCAGUUUGAUGGAUCUACAAGUGAUUUUAUUGGUAGGUUUCUUGCAAAUCUGAAGAAGAGAUAUACACAAAAAUAGAUUCAAAGUUUUCAAGGAAUAUAUAUUAAUUGGUCAAAAAUGUUCCAACCAAACAUUUUUGAGGGUCAUCACAUGUUCGAUAUGGCCCCAAAAACCUCUGAGAGCGAAUUGGGCAGGAUGAGAGAUGAAGAUUACGAGACUAGAUCGGGGACUGAAACUACCGAUGCUCCCUCUGGUGACGAGCAAGAUCCUAGUGGCCAUCGUGCCAAGAGGAAGCGCUACCAUCGCCACACGCAGCGCCAAAUCCAAGAAAUGGAAUCCUUCUUCAAGGAGUGUCCCCACCCGGAUGACAAACAAAGGAAGGAGCUGAGCCGGGAGCUAGGGUUAGAGCCUUUACAAGUCAAAUUUUGGUUCCAAAACAAGCGCACACAAAUGAAGGGACAACAUGAACGCCAUCAAAAUCAAAUUUUGAAGGCUGAGAAUGAUAAGCUUCGUGCUGCUAACUCAAGGUACAAGGAAGCCCUAGGCAAUGCAACAUGUCCUAGCUGUGGAGGACCUGCCACAAUUGGUGAAAUGUCCUUUGAUGAGCAACAUUUGAGGAUCGAGAAUGCUCGUUUAAGAGAUGAGAUUGAUAGGAUAUCAAGCAUUGCUUCAAAGUACGUUGGGAAGCCUUUGUCUUCAUUUUCCAACUUUUCUCAAUUGCCUUCGCGUUCUCUUGAUCUUGGGUUUAGCAAUUUUGGGACUCAAUCGGGCUUGGUAGGUGAAAUAUAUGGAGCAGGUGAUCCUCUAAAAACAAUGGCUGGGCCUACUGAGGCGGACAAGCCAGUGAUUGUUGAGCUUGCUGUUGCAGCAAUGGAGGAACUAAUGAGAAUUGCUCAGGCUGGAGAACCCUUGUGGAUUCCCAAUGAGAACAAUAUUGAAGUUUUGAAUGAAGAUGAGUAUGUUAGAGCUUUUCCUCGGGGAAUUGGGCCAAAACCCUUAGGAUUAAGAUCUGAAGCUUCGAGGGAGUCCGCGGUUGUUAUCAUGAACCAUGUUAGCCUUGUUGAGAUUCUCAUGGAUGUGAACCAAUGGUCAAGUGUAUUCUGUGGUGUUGUAUCAAGAGCAUAUACCCUAGAAGUUUUAUCAACUGGAGUGGCAGGGAACUACAAUGGAGCCUUGCAAGUGAUGACUGCUGAAUUCCAAGUUCCUUCACCUCUUGUUCCGACUCGAGAUUAUUAUUUUCUGAGGUACUGUAAACAGUAUGCUGAUGGUACUUGGGCAGUAGUUGAUGUUUCCUUGGACAGUUUACGCCCUAGUCCAUUGUCCAGGGGUCGAAGAAGGCCAUCAGGUUGUUUAAUCCAAGAGUUGCCAAAUGGUUACUCAAAGGUUAUUUGGGUUGAGCAUACAGAAGUGGAUGAUAAAUCUGUUGACAGUAUAUAUGGACCUUUAGUCAAUUCCGGUCUUGCAUUUGGAGCAAAACGCUGGUUGGCCACGUUAGAUCGGCAAUGUGAACGCAUUGCAAUUUCACUUGCCAGUAACUUUCCUACAGAAGAUCUAUUGAUCACGGGCCCUGAAGGAAGAAAGAGUAUGUUGAAGCUUGCAGAAAGAAUGAUAAUGAGCUUUUGUACUGGUGUCGGUGCUUCAACUGCACAUGCUUGGACGACAAUAUCAGCUACUGGUUCUGAUGAUGUAAGAGUCAUGACCCGAAAAAGUUUGGAUGAGCCCGGCAGGCCUCCUGGUAUCGUGCUCUGUGCUGCAACUUCCUUCUGGAUUCCUGUUCCACCGAAAAGAGUCUUUGAUUUCCUUAGAAACGAAAACUCUCGGAGCGAGUGGGACAUUCUUUCAAACGGCGGCCUAGUCGUAGAGAUGUCACACAUCGCCAAUGGUCGCGAUCCAGGCAAUUGUGUCUCCCUUCUUCGUGUUAAUAGUGCGAAUUCGAGCCAGAGCAAUAUGCUGAUACUACAAGAGAGUUGCACUGAUUCAACAGGGUCGUACGUAAUCUAUGCUCCGGUCGACAUUGUUUCGAUGAACGUGGUCUUAGGCGGUGGGGAUCCAGAUUAUGUGGCACUCCUGCCAUCAGGUUUUGCUAUACUUCCUGACGGGCCUGGAGUGAACAAUCAUGGAGGGAUUCUUGAUGAUGUUGGCACUGGAGGGUCUCUACUGACUGUGGCAUUUCAGAUUUUGGUUGAUUCAUUACCAACUGCCAAACUGUCUCUUGGAUCAGUUGCAACAGUGAACAACCUAAUUAAGUGCACAGUUGAAAGGAUCAAGGGUUCCAUCAUGUGUGACAAUGCAUGAGUGGGACAAAGAAAAAAGAGAGGAAUAAUAAUAAGAAAGGAAGAUGGCGUUUGCUUUUCAGAUACAGAGAUGGGAAAAAGUCAAGAACGCACCUUGCAUGAUCCAUGUUUAUGGCGGUGGUGUUUUGUUCUGUUCUGCAAGGGUUAUAGGUUCGGGUAUUGACUUUGCCCUACAAAUCCAAAAAGCAAAUGUGGGAACCUUUUGUUUGAUAUGUUCUUUCAACUUUAAACUUUUCUUCUUAGUGUCAGGGAUUCUUGUAACUUUGUCCAAUAAUUUUUUUUGACUUUUUCUGUCCUGUGUUUUUUUGUUGGAAUGUUGACUGCUUUGUGGGUCCCUUCCUUGACAAAAGUUGUCAAGUUCUGUUUCAUGUUUUGGAACCUUUUGAUUGAAUAGUUCUUUGCA